UGAGAAGGUGAUAGCCGGAAAGGCUACCUUAAUGCCAUGAGCUUAGCAAGGGAGACAUAAUGCCGCCUCCGCAAGGGACUUGGAACCCCAUUGAGGGACCAGGUGACUAUACAACUACCUCAACAGUGCACAGCGACACCUACCCGGCUAUCGAUCCUUCCAAAGCCAACCACUCCGGACAUGCAAUCUGCAUCACUGGGGCAUCACGGGGCAUAGGUAAGGCCAUCACCCUCGCGUUUGCGUUAGCUGGAGCUAGUCAGAUAGCCAUAGGCGCACGGUCAGACCUCUCCAGCGUCGCCGAUGCCGCCAAGAAGGCAGCUAAAGAUGCUGGGCGCACCGAGCCGACCGUGCUUACCGUCAAGCUUGACGUCUCCGAUCAGCAGUCUGUCGAGAUAGCAGUGGCCGAAAUCGCGCAGAAGUUCGGGAAGCUCGACAUUGUUAUCAACAAUGCCGGAAUCCUUGACGAGAUGAAACCGAUUGUGGAAACGACGCCUGAUUUAUGGUGGCGCACCUGGGAGGUCAACGUUAAGGGGCCUUACCUUGUCACAAGGUCAUGCGUACCUCUGCUUCUCAAGGGUGAGCUUAAGACACUUGUUAUGGUCUCCAGUGUCGGUGCACAUGUUGUCGGCGCCGGGCUGUCGGCAUACCAGCCCUCGAAGCUCGCUCUAACCCGCUUCACGCAAUUUGCAGCAGCUGAGCACCAAGACCAAGGCUUGUUAGCAUUCUCUGUGCAUCCAGGGAACAAUCUGACAGACAUUAUCGGUCAUGGAGAAGGCUUAAGCGAAGAGUUCAAGGCGGUAUUCACUGAAAAGCCAGAACUCUGCGCCGAUACGCUAGUGUAUCUAACGCAAGAAAAGCGCGAUUGGCUUAAUGGGCGAUAUAUCAAUGUCACCUGGGACAUGCCGGAGCUGACAAGUGGGACGAAAAAGAAUGAGAUCAUUGAGAGAGACCUGCUCAAAGUGCGGCUGGCCGUCUGACGUACAUGCGCGGAAGUUGGAGUGAGCAGCAGCGACUCUCGCUUUUCAGGUAGCUCUGGCUCUUAAGUCAUCUUGUCCUUGAUCGAGUAUGUUAUCCCAUGCUGUCAAGCUCAUAGGUUCCCGUGACUGGUGUCACCCACUUUGGUUUCCGGUCAACGUAGACUUCGAUCUUGGGCGCAACGUCAUUGACGACAGCCUGAUUGUCAAGAACGCGUGCCCGGAGACCGACUAUG